ACCCAAACACUAAUAUCACCAAUAUUUCCUCAAGCUAUUUCUUCUUUCCGCUACGGCUUAAUUAGCAGAUCUAUCAUUUACUAUUCAUUUCUUCAUCUUCUCUUGAGACAUAGACAAAAUGAGCAUAGGAGGAGGAGAUUGGAUGUGCAGUGCAUGCCAACACAUGAAUUUCAAGAAGAGGGAUUCAUGCCAAAAAUGCAGGGCCCCAAAGUUUGGCGGCGGGCCGGACGUGUCCUCGUACGGAGUAAACAGGACGGAAAUCUUGGCCGGGGACUGGUACUGCAAUGCCACGAAUUGUGGGGCUCACAACUACGCAAGCAGGACCAGCUGCUACAGGUGUGGUGCAUACGGCGGAGGCAUGGCCGCCGGAGAUGGAAGUGGCCUCCCCGGAUGGAAAUCCGGUGACUGGAUUUGCACUAGAUAUGGAUGUGGUGUGCACAACUAUGCUUGUCGGGCAGAAUGUUUCAAAUGCAAUACUCCUAGGAAUUAAUUCUGGUGGUCCAUUUUAAGGAGUGUGGAUCAAGAAAGACUAUUCAGCGGUUUAUUGAAUCCAGUUCAGUUCAAUCGUUCCGUUUUUCUUGUCUUCCUUUCCUUUCUCUCAAUUUCCUGAUUUAGCUUAAUAAGCUUAUUCAUCGUUGAUGAUUCGAUUUCAUGAGAAUAGCUAUUAUUAACGCCAAGAAGGGUUUAAGACUUCAUUUUUAUGUUGCAAAGUGUGUACUAGCACAAGAAGCAUGAGUUUCCAGAAUUACCCUCUUGUUUGAAAUAAAAUGAUUACCUUUUAGAC